GAGUCGGUCAGAGUUCGGGAGGAAAGCGACACGUGCGGCUGGCUGAUUCCUGAAGCACAGGCUGCUGCCGAGCAGAGUGGAACCACCGAAAGAGGACGCGUUAUCAGCUGAAUGCAUGGAUCUCAGAAAAACAAUGGAAGGCUUUUGUAAAACGUAUGUUUAUAUUGUUAUCCUGUUCCUUGUGGGAGCAAAUGGCAGGGCAUUGAAUGAGGUGGAGCAGAGAAAAGUUGACAGGUUUGUGCUGGAUUCUAUGAACUGUGGACGAAUCCCGGCGAUAAACCUCGGUUUGGUACGGGAUGGGCAAAUCGCGCUGACCAAGGGCUACGGGACAGCGGACGCGCGGGACAGGAUCAGAACAACUGACUCCACGGUCUUCUGUCUGGCCUCCCUCACCGAGGCUUUUACUGCCCUCACACUGGGGAAACUACUCAGCCGUAAUGACAGUUACUCCUGGGACACGCCUGUGAAAGAGUUUCUUGGAGAAGACUUCCGAUUGGGGAAUAAGUACAUCACGAAUCACGUUACCCUUCGAGAUCUCGUGUCACACAGAACUGGGCUAGCCGGCGGUGAUGGUAUUAUACUCACCAAGGGAAUGGGUCAAAGCGAACUGAAAAACCGUUUGUUUUUCAUGGAAUCGCACACUGGAUUCCGUGCCAAGCAAACUGAGAGCAAAAUUCUGUUCACUCUCGUACAAGCUGCUUUGGAGGCCAUAGGUGGAAAGCCCUGGGACUUAUUGGUAAAAGAACACCUCCUCAACCCCAUCGGCAUGACGUUAACGAAGUUUCUCCACGAGGCCGAGCCGAGCUACCGGAAGUUUGCUGUCCCUAUGAUAAAAGUCAACGGGAAUCUCACUCACGUUCCUUGGGACGCCGUCAACUCCAUCAACCUUGCCGGUUCUGCCGGGUCUCUCUGUUCCACCGCUUACGACAUGAGCAAGUGGAUCGAUUUCCUCCUAAAAGACGGCAAAAACCUUCGAGGCCACACCGUCGUUCGAAAAGACAUUCUAGCAGAGCUCUUCGAACCUGUCACCAUAUUGGAUAAGUCCAACGACGUUCGAUCUGACGAUUUCAACCAACCAGGCACAACCGUAUCAUACAGUGAAAACCGCGCGGGGUUAGGGUGGACACUGGGGUCUUACAGAGGUUACAAGACAGUGUCCAAAAGAGGGUCAUGGCUUGGGUACGAGUCUCAGCUGACCAUGAUACCUUCUCGACGCGUUGGCGUUUUCACUUCGUUCACCGGUCAGACCGGAAACAAAGCGGAUGCCAUAAAAUCCCUCAUCAGCGUUUAUGCCCUCGACAUUCUGCUGGACGGAGAGCCGUGGGUGGAUGUACCUCGGGUUUGCAGUACUGUGGACGAGAUGGUGAACGCCAUGCCCAAACCGCGUAGCUCCUACCGACGGACGUACCUCCGCACAGACAUCAGUCCUCACCGACCGCUACAGUCGUACGCUGGUAGCUACGGGAACGGUCUGUAUGGCAGACUUGAAAUCUCUGUCAGCAAUGACACAAGAAACGCUCUAAACCUUGACUAUGGGGAACAAGGAAUGUACCGACUUUUCCCCACGCAAAAACUGGAUGAAUUUUAUCUCGACGCAAAAACCGGCCCUCUUUGGUUCACCACGCGCGCGGAUGAAUACAUACGCUGGGGACCAAUCCUCGUUUCUUUCAACAGCACCAAACAAGAACGCGAGGCGGAGCGAGCUCAGAGGAAAGAGAAUGAACCUCAAGCUGAGGACGGUGGAAGCGAGGAAGAGAGUGAGGAGAGUGAGGAUAAUGAAGACGACGAAGAAGAUGAGGAUAGGAUCAGCGGAAUCGCCAUUCCAAGCUUUGAUCGCACGCUGACGCCGAUCUUCCGAAGGGACUUUGUUUUGAAGCAAGCCUUUAAAGACGUCCAAGAAUCUCAUUAUGAAGAGUGCAGUGGAGCCUCAGCUGUCACUAUUCCAUUUUUAGUUCUAGCUCUAACUGCUUGCCUCAAUUUCAUUUCACAUCGAUUGUGACUCUCUAUACAUUUUUCAUUUCUUAACUCUCCUUGACACUCCUAUAAAUUCCUUUCUCUGAUCUUACUGGAAAGACUUGAAACGUCCUAAACUCUCACGUAAAUUCCCACCGUGGCCUAAUUACCAACGUUGUCUCCUCUAAUGGUUGUACCUAAAAAUAUGUUCAGUGUUGAAUGUAACUUGUUAUUAAUAGACUAACGGUCACAUGAUUAAUCGAUAUUUACAGAGAAAAACAUGUAGUUUCAAAUAAUAUCGGCAUUAGCUUAUAGAAGUCAGAUAUAUCUAAGCCUGGGAGAUGACGGUGUUGUACAUCAAAACGAGGCUGACGGAAUCCAGCAACUGGCUGCCAUGGAGCGAUACUGAAUCUGCUUUGGUUCAUUCAGUCUCCAGGCUUGGAAAGAUUACAAGUCAUUGUUCACAAAAAGGACAGUGGAGUUUUAACAGCGGAAAAGAUGUCACCGUGGGUAGGGUAUGAGAACACGACAUGAGAUGCAAUCGUGCAUAUCCUAUAUUAACACGAAAUAAAUAUUCUACCAUUAACAGGUGGUGUGUUAGCACAAAAUUUCAUCUUGGGUGAUAGAGUGCAGAGAUCGGGAGAGACAAGCUAGGCUGUGGACAGGGUAUGUGAACAAGAGAUGAGGUUUCACCAUGGCGGUGGUGUGUUAACAUAAGGUUCCACCCGGACAGAGUACUAGCCUGGGAGCCCAUGGGUAAACAUACGUCCACCAUGGGAAUCGUGCGUAACUAUCACACAGCAAUCCAACAUGGGGUCCUUGUGUUGAGCGAAAUUGAAGUUGAGCUUCAAGGUCACUGAGAUGGAGUAGGUCGCUGUGUCGUGGACAGAGCCGCUGAUGUACAACACUCGAUGGUCCAAGAUUACAAUGGGAGAUUGAUCUGACAUGCGCAUUAGAGUAUCAGUACACUUGCAGUGUUAUACCUGUAUCUCAGAAAUAAUAAGAUCAUAAUUAUUCAGUAACAAAAAAUUAUUCUAUAUUCUACACCACAUAACUACAAAAUCCAGAUAAAUAUUUGUAAAUCACAUUUACCAUUAUACAAUAUAUUUAAUUACUUAUUUUGCUAUUUGAUUAAAAAAAUAUGUGCAAACAAAGGUAACGAUAUACCCAAAGUGUUUGAUUCCUUAAAAAACAAAACAAAAACAACACUUGCAUGAAACAAAGAUCUCUAAUACUUUUAUGUGUGUUUUUCGUAUGCUGUGGGAUUCGUUGUGUUUUAUUAUUUUCCCUUCUUGAUUCAUCCAGUAAAAAAUGCCUGUUUGCAUAAAUAUGUAUAUUAUAGGUUCUUUGAAUAUUAUAGGUUGUUUAAACACAAUUAAAACCACAUAACAAACA